CAGAAAAGAUAGGAGAGCAGCAGAAGAGGCAGCGAGGGGGCAGAUCGCAGUGUUAGUGUAGUGGUGCGCGCUCAAGAGCAAGAGCAAGAGCGAGUGAGUGAGUGAGUGGGAGGGAGGCGAGGAGAGGAGAGGAGAGGGGAGGGGAGGGAGCGGGUGGAAACAAACGCGUACUGGGGAAGCAUUUUGAGGAAGGGAAUAAGUGAGCGCAGCAAAGGGUGGCUGUCGGACUGAGGGAGAGAGUGAGGAGAGAAGGGGGUUGGACCAGUACAGUAGGAGAGCCGGCCCGUAAUUCGGGGCAUAUAUGGGCAGACAAGCGGGUUGAUAGUAGUCCGCAUGCGCAGCGAUCUCAAUCAAUUGGAAGAGUUGUCUAGUAACUGAGUCGCGACGAGUCGAGUCGAGACGAGAAGGGGAGAGGAGGAAGACGGAGAGAGAGGGAGAGAGAGAGACGAGGAGGGGAAUGAGAAGCGAAUCGAAAACAUAGGCCCAGGGAAGAAGAAGGAGAGGAAGACGAGUAAGGAUUGAACGCACUCACUCACGCACUUGCACUCGGUUGUGGCUGUGGUGGCGGGCGGUCGAGCGGAGUAGUAGAGGAGAGGGGCAAGGCCAGACAAGGCGAGGCAAGGCAAGGCAAGGCGAGGCGAGAGGCAAGGGAAGGGAAGGGAAGGGAAGGGAAGGGAAGCCUGUGACGAGAGGAGAGGAGAAGGUGGAGAGAAGUGCCGCUGCUGUGUGCUGUGCUGCGCAGUCGUUCGUGUCGUUGUGGUCGUGUUGGUUGAUCCACUCGAAGCUGUGUCGUAGUGGGGUGUGGUAGUCCUGGUUCGCUCGCUCUUUCUGCUAUGGGUUUAGUUGGCUGCUUUGGAUUCCGCCUCGAGGCCAGUAGUAUGAUAAUAUUGAUGCGGGCCUUUCCUGUGAGGUUCAGUGCUGAACCAGCCCAUGGUUCUAGUUGAAAGGAAAGCGCUAAUCCGAAUUGGCAUGCAGUAGUCCUGAGGUGUGACGUUUUGUUUCAGGAAGAUCUUUGUAUAGCGCUUCAGUUGAGGACGGGGUGCUACCACCACCGCCGCCACCACCACCACUUCUCCCUUCUACCCCUUACACCACCACCCUCACUUAUCCUUGCCAGCAACAAGCCCCAGCUUAAGCACUAGAAAAUCGUCUUCACCAUCAUCCCAGAGAGAGAGAUAGAGAGAGCGAGAGCGAGAGCGAGAGAGAGAGGCGCUGUCAUUCGCGCAUUGCUGAGGAAAUCUCGAGUUCCGGACACAAGCCCUCACUCCAGUCUUCUCACACCGCCCGCCAGUUGGCAGCCGCACUGCCCCUUUGCCACGAAUUUUUCCCCGGGAAUUGAAGGCUCCUAGAGCUCGAGAGGUCCGUCGCCACAUCUGUAAUUUGGGCUUCCAGGCGAUUUCAGCUCGUUGAGCCUACUGUCCGGUCGCACUUGUACAUUCGCACCCCCCCUCCCCCCAAGCCCAAGCCCAGCCCCAGCCCCAGCCCCCUCUUCUUCUUCUUCUUCUUCUUCUUCUUCAUCUUCUUCUUCCCCGCACCGACCCCAACCCCCAUCUUCCCAAGUUCCCAUGCGAGUCUCGGAGCCCCCGUUCUUCCGUCGAGCAGCAGCAGGCGAAUCUUGAGAGCCUCGUCCGGAGCAGAAGGCCGUGUCUGCCAAUGUGGGCAACGGAUAUCUUGACCUACGAAAACCUGUCAGAAGAAGAAGACGAGUGGUAUCUCGGAGUUCGGUUCUGGGGUAGAGCACCGGCGUCUUAGCCACCGAUCGCCUUCGAUCCCAUUUUCCCAUCUCCGCUGUUUCUCGCAAGCAGUCAAGCUGGGAAAUUUCGUAGCUGAAGAUAGGUCGAUGAGGUCGGUCAACAACUGGUUGGCCUUCUCUCUAUCGCCCCAUUUGACCAUUGAUGUGCCCGAUCAUGCGCCUUCCGCACAAACUAAUGGUCCUAAGAUGGCUCAACAUUCUUCAGCGGAGAAUGGGUUGUCCUACAACGGAGCACCAUCGGGCGAAUGCUACAACCUUGGACAGUCGGACGGCGACACCCUGUCCAUGCGCCCAGAUGGCUCGCUUUGUAUUAUGGAGGCGUUGAGUCGCUCUCAUAGUGGAGAUUGGGCCCAGCUCAAGACUAGUCAUGUGCAGCACCCCUCCCAGCAUUUGCUGAACGCCGACCUCUCGAGGCUGGCGGGCAGCAGAGCACCUAGUGAACAGAUCACGCAGAACCAAUAUGAUUCACUGGGUUCCCAAUCCAAUAAGUCGGACCAUGACUCGGGCCCGAAACUGGAAGACUUUUUGGGAGGAGCUUCGUCGCUGGGAGGUCAAUACACCAACCGAUCAGAUUCACAGUCCCACAAUUUCGAGAACUUGUACUUCCGGGACAUCAAUGUGAAUCUGAGUCCUUACUCUGGUGGUGCCCAGCAACAGGCCAAUCAUGUGCCUCCCAGUUUCCAUGCGUACGGCUUGCAGCGGACUGAUAACUCUUCCACACAGCAACCGUACGACUCUCACUCAAGGAACAACACUGCAGCGGAGCCGAAUCUCUGCCACACCAAUGUGCACGCUCAGAAUCUGCUGCAGGCGGCUCUCGAUCAACACCAUCACCCGGGGUCCGCCCAGGCCGAAAUGUUGCAGGAUUGCUCGCUGCAGAGCUCCAACCUCUCGGCGCUCAAGACCUGGCUGCGCCAGAGCCAAUCGGCCACGGGCUCGGGCGGCGUCAACGCGCUGGGCUCCGCCGACAACAAGCAGCAGCAGCAGCAGCAGGGGCUCGGCAAGGCCAGCUGCAUACCCAACAUUGCCGGCGUCCAUCAAUCUCUGUCGCUGUCCAUGAGCCCCGGCUCCCAGUCCAGCAACACUCUGGUGGGCGCCCAGCCCCCCAAUGUCACCGCCGAGACCUCCCCGGAGACUCGCAAGCGCGGAGCCGGGCGCGCUGGCAGCAAGGAGGCCUCGCCUCGCAAAUCCAUCGACACCUUCGGCCAGCGCACUUCUGUCUUCCGCGGAGUGACCAGGCAUCGUUGGACGGGGCGCUACGAGGCUCAUCUCUGGGACAACAGUUGCCGCAAGGAGGGACAAACCCGAAAGGGACGACAAGUUUAUCUUGGUGGAUACGAUAAAGAGGAAAAGGCUGCGCGAGCCUACGAUCUCGCUGCCCUCAAGUACUGGGGUCCGAAUACGACCAUCAACUUUCCGAUACACCAGUAUGAGAAGGAGCUCGAGGAGAUGAAGAAUAUGACUCGCCAGGAAUACGUGGCAUCUCUGCGAAGGAAAAGCAGUGGAUUCUCCAGAGGAGCUUCUGUCUACCGAGGAGUGACCAGACACCAUCAGCACGGUCGCUGGCAGGCACGAAUAGGCCGCGUUGCUGGUAACAAAGACUUGUACUUGGGAACAUACAGCACGCAAGAGGAAGCGGCCGAGGCGUAUGACAUAGCAGCGAUCAAGUUCCGAGGAAUAAACGCGGUCACGAACUUCGACAUCAGCCGCUACGACACGAAGAAGAUCUGUGGCACGGCGCACAACACGGCCGAUGGCGAGUCGCCCAAGGUGCAAGCGGCGAGCACCAAGGAGCUGGCGGCGGUGCCCCCCGAGCAGCCCAGCGAUCCGAGCGUCGACGGUCAUCAAACGGACGAGGAUUCCCAGAGCUUGCAAACGGGGAACACCAACACCAGCCAGGUGACGGACGGGCUGGUGUCGAAGUCGCAUCUGCAGGAGUGGCACAUGCUGUACCAUCAGCAGCAGACGCAGCGCAAUUGGGACGAUGCCAACCACCAGCAGCAGCAGCAACAGCAGGCCGCUGCAGCGCAAGCGCAGCAGCAGCAGGAUGUGAGGACGCAGUCACUGAUCUCGGACUCGCUGGGGCACAAAUUCCUGCAGUCCCCGGCGGGCAACAUGCACUCGGCGGUGCUGCGCAACCUGAUGGGGCUGAGCGACGCGGGGACGAGCGGGAGCGAGUCUUCGGGCGGCAUGCUGGCGCUGCCGGGGCCCUCGAGCACCAUGAUGGGCGGCAGCUCGGGGUUCCCGGGGGCGCAGAGCCCCAAGUCGCUGCGGGAGCAACAACAAAGCGAGGACGAGAGCUCCAAGAGUGGGGGCCAAGGAGGCGGAGGAGGGUCGGCUUACGAGAACUUUCCGCAAGGGGAUCUGAGCAGGCAUAUACUCUACUUGUCCCAUGGGCAGUCGCCCCCGAAUGGAAGCGCCAAGUCGACGAACAACUACGACAACAGUUCGUUAGGCAACCAAUCGUGGAUGAGCCCCCAAGGAAAUUUGAAUCAGCGGGUGUCAGCAGCGGGCCACUUAAGCGUCGGCCAUAUGCCCAUUUUUGCAGUUUGGAACGAUUGAAGGAAGGAAGCAGGUUCAUUCGCUUCAUUCGCUUCUUCGAAUAAUGAAGGAGGAGGGGAAGAAGAUUAAGAAGAAGAAGAAGAAGAAGAAGAAGAGACUGUGAUCGAUCUAUCUGUGCACGAGGAAGUCGGCAGUGCAGGCGUAGAAGGAAAAGAUAGAAAAGACCCUUUGAAGAAGAAGAAGAAGAAGAUUAGUGUUCGUUCUACUUACUAGAAGAAGCCCAUCAACCAGCUAGCCGAUCGAGGACGGGGACUCUGGCCUCUCAAUCUCUGUCUCACUCUCUCAUUCUCAUUCUCGUCUGCGAUCUGCCGCUGGCAAAUCUUUCUGCUCGGUUCGGUUCUUGGGUCUCUAGUAGGACAGGACAGCACCAGGAUCCACCACCCACCACCAGCUUCAGUCACCACAUCACUCGACAUACCCCCCACUCUCGACUCUACUCAACUCCCUCUGUCGCAGUCGCCCAUCUGAACUCAUUCACUCGCGCGCAUGCACUCGUCCGUCGUCGUUGUCCCCGAGAGACAGAGCUUGCGGACAUGUUCCGGCCUUGUUCCCCUGUUUUGUUCUACUGGGGAAAGGGGACAUUGUAAUGUUAGCUGGUGCCCCUUUUUUUGGUCACGUUCCUUGGAAGAAGCAGGCCCCUAGGAAAGAUCGAGGAUCUCUGGUAUUUGUAGCCGCUCCGGCUGCUGGCUGUGUAGGCGAGGCUCGGCCGUCGUCCACUGGUCUCAGCCAGAAGUCAGUUGUUCCUGCUGCUACUGCUGAAUUGUGAUACAUUCAUAUUAAACACUACGCCAUAUGGCACAUGUAAAAUGGUGUGCGAAGAAUUCAUUUAUGCAAACCCGAAAGGGAUUGUAUGAUUGU